CGCGCACCUGCUCGCUGGACCCGCUGCCGGCCGCGCUCCCUGCGUUCUCGCCGCUCAAGUUGCGGGUCCCGCGGGACUUGGGGUGCCUGCUCGCCAGCUCCGGGAUGGCGUCGGAGCUAAGCUAACUCCGUUUCUCCUCGGACCAAGAUGACCGAUGGGAGCCUCUCCAGCCCCGCGAACGGCGUGGCCCUGAUGGGCAUCCUGGACAGUCCGCCCGGAACCCACCUCCAGAGCCUGCAGCGCGCGAACCUCAAGGCCCCCAGCCCCCUGUCGCCGUCCGAGCGCGGGCCCAGGCCGAGCCCCGGGGCGCCGGACCAGCGCAGCCUGCAGUCGGCGGACUCGGGCAUCCCCACCCUCGAGAUCGGCGACCCCGAGCCCGUGGCCUGCGGCGUGGCCCGCGUGAGGCGGCGGCAGCAGCCCGAGGCGGAGACGGCCCCCGAGCGGGCCUGCCAGAGCGCCUGCCCGCUGCCCUCCUGCGCGCCCCCGGCGCCCGCCAGCGCCGAGCGGGGCCCCGGCGUGCGGAAGUCCUCCACGUUCCCCCGGACGGGCUACGACGCGGCGACGCCCCACAGCCCCACGGCCAGGGCCCUGAGCCGCAGCGACGAUGUGUCCGUGGGCAGCGUGUCCAGCCUCAGCACCGAGCUGUCCGCCACGCUGUCCGUCAGCAACGAGGACAUCCUGGACCUUGUGGUCACCAGCAGCUCCAGCGCCAUCGUGACCCUGGAGAACGACGACGGUGACGACCCGCGGUUCACCGACGUCACCCUGAGCUCCGCCGGGGAAAGCGCCCGGGACCGGCCCCAGCAGGGCCAGGCGGACGGAGGUGCGGAGGGAAGUAAACUGAAGCUGCUGGGGCCCUUCAGCAACUUCUUCUCCAGGAACUUGCUUGCUAGAAAACAAAAUGCAAGAUUUGACAGACACAGUGACUUGGGAUGGAAGUUGUUUGGAAAAAUACCGCUCCGCGAGAAUGCUCAGAAAGAGUCAAAGAGAAUGCAAAAGGAAUAUGAAGACAAGGCGGGAGCACCUCGCAAGCCGCCCUCCCCGAAGCAGAAUGUGAGGAAGAACCUCGAUUUCGAGCCGCUGUCCACCACCGCCCUCAUCCUGGAAGACCGGCCGGCAAACCUCCCGGCGAAGCCAGCCGAAGAGGCCCAGAAACACCGACAGCAGUAUGAAGAAAUGGUGGUCCAGGCCAAGAAGCGAGAGCUGAAGGAGGCCCGGCGGAGGAAGAAGCAGCUGGAGGAGAGGUGCAGGCUGGAGGAGAGCAUCGGCAACGCGGCCCUGACCUGGAACAACGAGGUCCUGCCCCACUGGGAGACCGUGUGGAGCUCCAGGAAAGUGCGGGACCUGUGGUGGCAGGGCAUCCCCCCCAGCGUGAGAGGCAAGGUCUGGAGCCUGGCCAUCGGCAACGAGCUGAACAUCACCCACGAGCUCUUCGACAUCUGUCUCGCCCGAGCCAAGGAGCGGUGGCGGUCCUUCAGCGCGGGCGGCCCCGAGGCGGAGAGUGAAGAUGCUGGGUUUUCAGCGGCGGACAGAGAAGCUAGUCUGGAGCUUAUUAAACUGGACAUUUCUAGGACAUUCCCUAACCUCUGCAUCUUCCAGCAGGGCGGCCCGUACCACGACACGUUGCACAGUAUUUUGGGCGCUUACACUUGCUACCGACCGGAUGUGGGCUAUGUCCAGGGCAUGUCCUUCAUCGCCGCAGUGCUGAUCCUGAACUUGGACACUGCAGAUGCCUUCAUCGCGUUUUCCAACCUCUUGAAUAAACCCUGUCAGAUGGCGUUCUUCCGAGUGGACCACGGCCUUAUGUUGACUUAUUUUGCUGCGUUUGAGGUAUUCUUUGAAGAAAACUUGCCGAAGCUAUUUGCUCACUUCAAGAAAAACAAUCUAACUCCAGACAUCUACCUGAUCGAUUGGAUCUUCACCCUGUACAGCAAGUCCCUGCCCCUGGACCUGGCCUGCCGCGUGUGGGACGUGUUCUGCCGCGACGGGGAGGAGUUCCUGUUCCGCACGGCGCUGGGCCUCCUGAAGCUGUUCGAGGACAUCCUGACCAAGAUGGACUUCAUCCACAUGGCCCAGUUCCUCACCCGGCUGCCCGACCACCUGCCCGCCGAGGAGCUGUUCGCCUCCAUAGCCACGAUUCAGAUGCAGAGCCGCAACAGGAAGUGGGCCCAGGUGCUGACGGCGUUGCAGAGGGACAGCCGGGACGUGGAGAGAGGGAGCCCGUCUCUCAGGCACUGAGGCGCAGGCGGACUCGCGCCGGGCACCGGAGCAGCCCUCCCAGCGCGCCCGAGCUGUCCGGGACAGACACCGGGGGCAGACGGCCGGCAGCCGAGGGCGGGCGCCGUUGCCCCAUCUGACCCCUGACGCUGGAGUCGGCCUUAAACCAAACAAACAGAACUUGUCAAGAAGUAAACCGAGGCUCGGCCUUAAGAAGCUCGGCGGAGCGACGACGCGGCGCUGGCCUGGCAACCACAGUGCGGUUUGGCCCCCGGGCGGCGGCGGACUCCCUCCUCCUGCUCCAGCGGAAGUCAUUAAAUUGUAACGCUUUAUGUCGCCUCCUGGAAAGGACGUUCCGGUCUUUCUUAGCCCAGGUGCACGAGAAGUGGGUUGGGAGGCCGCAGAGGAGCCUGGCCCGCAGUUCUCUGUUUCGACCGUCAGUGGUGGCCGACGCAGUGGUCCGGAUGAUCCAGAAACAGAGGCCCGGCCUGGGAAGCCCGCCUUCCAAAGACGCGCCAGAGGCCGCGAGCCCUCUCGGGGGGUUGCUGACCAGUGCUCAUGGCGCCCCGGGGCUCCGGCCGCCCUCGGGCUCACGUCUUACCGCGUUGCCUUGCUACGACCACAGCCCCGAGGCUGGAAAUGCACACGUGGGACCUGUGGGGGCCCCGUGCCGCCCCCGAGAGUGCUCCCUGCCCCCCGGGCACCGGAGGGAGGUCGGGUGGGGGCGUGGGGGCUGUGCGCACAGAAGAUGCAGGGCCACAGAGACAGGACCAGGAGCGAUGCACACGCAUGGGGUGGAAGCAGCUCCCUUGGAGGCAGAGCAGAGGGAGCAGGGUGCUGGCUGAGACCCGCCCCCGGCCCCCUGCUGGUUCCCGGCGGCCCUCGGGCAGCACGAGGGGCGGGGGCUGCUCCUUGCCCUCACGGAGCGCUGCUCUUCGGCACCUGGACGGCAGCCUCAGCCCCGAGUGCUCCCCUCCGCGUGCGCGAGGCUCGCGGGUCGGCUGCUGCGGGCACCGAGAGGAGAGCCGUGCGCCGCCCCCACGGCCCAGACUGUGUGGUCACGUGCAGGUGUCCGUGCCUCGGCCUUCCCCUUCUGGCCGGUCCCCCCGGGUCUCCCCCGGAGCUCCGAGAGCUCUGGUUACCCAAAUCCAGAGACUCGGGUGGCUGUGCACAGAGCGGUCCGAAGGCGGGUUCCCUCGUGCCGGUCUCCGGGCGGGCCGGGCGCACUGGUGUCCAGGGCCCUGGCGGCCCUGCGGCGCGGCCGCCGUGGGGGUGGGGCCGGGCACUCUCUGGCCCUUCUCAGCCGCACCGUCCGGCCCAGGGAGCAGCUCAGGGUGGGUCCCGUUUCUGACACUGGAAGUGCCCUUGGCUUUGAGAGUGUGGCCUGCAGCUAGGAGACCUGUGGUGGAGGGUAGAGCCGGGCUGUGCGUUACUCUGGUCGGUUUUCUAGUGACUCCACGCCCACUGGUGACGCCUCACGGCACCACGGCCGGCUGCCGGGCCUGCGGCCGUCCUCCCGCCCCAUCCCGGCUCCGGCUCCGCUCUGAGAGAGGUUUCCCGGAGCCCCGGUCCCCUCGCCUCCUCCUUGCGUUCCCCGGGGAGGCUGCAGAGCAGCGUGGGGGCUGCUUUCUGCCUCAGCCUUUACGCAUGGGCUCGCCUGGCCCCUCGGAGCAGGGUCCUGUCCUCCCCAAGGUCUCCGUGCCGUCCGGAUGCAGCGGGUCCGGCACCGCCAUGCUGAAUGUACGCAGCUGAGCCGUCCCCACAGGCCGCCCGGUCCGUCCCGGGCAUGGGCUCCUGCUCCCGGAAGGCGGGCAUGGUUCCCGACUGUCCGCUGGGACCCCCUGAUGGGGGGGCAGAGAGGCGCAGCCCGGGCGGCGUGUGGACUGUCGGGGUGACACGGCCAGGUGGUGCCGCGCGUGCGUUACGUGCUUGAAGGGAUUCCGUGUCCGUCCGGAACGCUGACCAGACCUCUGGUUCCGGAGGGGCCUUCCUGGCCUGGUCAGGGACCCUGUGAGGCCUGACCAGUUCACCGUGUCCCCUCCAGACGCCGGACGUUCUCGGUCCCCGCCCAGAGUCACCGGCCCCUGUCCCUGCAGGGGGCGUUGGGCGUCACUAAGACAGUGGAGGGCGAGGCCGCAGCCCCGGGGAGCCGCGCCCACCCAGCAGGAGCCCUGGUCCCCGCCGGUCCUCGCCAGGCCUGGAGUCACAUCUGGAAGCGAGGUUCACUUUCCAAGGUUCUUCUUAACUGCUCAGUUUUGACUGUUUUAAAUAGUUUGCUGAUAGAAAGUUCCUGAUAACACUUGCUACAUAUCAUGUUUUAAUUGCUUGUACAGUCAGCCUUUUAUUUAGUAAAGUAUCAAACUAGGACUUUUUGAAUUGUAAAUAUAUGGUUUUAUUAAAUAAAAGUCAUGUAAAAUUGUUAUUUAUA